CUACCCUAGAUAUUCUCUAAACCCAGGGUUCUGGAUAAACAUCCUUUUCAGUGACUUUCUGUCCAGUGCUCCUCACGAGAAUUGUACAAUAUGAGCUUCCAUUAUGCCGACAAGGGCGCACCACGGUUUCUCCAGGCACACGGUUCGUUUGUGCUUGGAGAAGCAUUUGAUCCAAUACAGCUUGAAAAGUGUUUCCAGGAACUCGUCCAUGAAUGGCCAAUACUUCAGGCUAGACUAAAUCUUUUGCGUACAGGCACAUUUCAGGUCUCAAAAACCCACUCAUUUUUUCAGCAUCGUGUUAUCGACAGUACACUUGCGGACAUCCUCCCCCUCUAUCCAUUCAUCCACCAUAACGUGCAAGAGGAUGAUUACAAUCGGUUGAAAGAUCUCACAUCAUUACCGUGCUCUACAUUCUCAAUUCUGUAUCCCCCAGUCUGUACUCUGACCGCAGUUUGUCUUAAAGAUGCCAGUGUCUUGAAGUUCACAUUCCAACAUGCAUUCUGUGAUGCGCUAGGUAUCUAUCAAGGCAUGUACGAAAUUGCGCGGGCUUACUCGAUGCUUCUCUCCGGGAAAUGUAUUGAUGUCCCUGAUUUCCACCGGCCAGUCACUUUCCGGUUUCACGCUUCCUCCAAGACGCCAUCCAGCCCUCACCAUCGCCAAGGCUAUUCCCCUGGCACUUUGAGCAAUGCAAGUAACCACCUAUUCUCCGGGGGGUUGUCACAUUUUACCCUGGGAUUACUGUCUCACCGACUGGCGCCUGCGUCAUGGGGCAAUACGGGGUCUUCCCGCAUGCUGCACAUCCCAGGGCCAGUAAUUGAUGGGAUUGCCCACGAUGCUACGAAACAAGGUAUUCGUAUUACUCGGGUUGACAUUAUGAUGGCUUUACUCCUUCAGGCAACUAUACGAGCAUUCCCUCACGAUCCAACCAUUGCUUCCUACCCGCUGAGUUUCAUGGUAAACUUCAAUCACUUACUGAAGAGUCCUGCCAAAUUUCACAACAGCUUCUGGCCUGUUCCCAUUCCACAAUUACCAGACUUCAACGCGAAUCAAGUGAGCCACGAGACUACGAUCAACCUCGCAGUCCACAUUCGCCGCGUCACACGGGCUGCGCAGUCACCAGAAUGCCUCGAGGCUUUCAAUCUUCAACAUCAGCAAAUGGGGCCCUUGCACCUCUGGCAUACGCGGGUAGUCAGACCCUCUCAUCCCAGGUCUCUGGUCUCCUCCAUCGCUCAAAUCAACCUCUACGAUCUCGAGUUUAAGCCAGGUGUGCGACCGCUCUUUUCCGACGUUCGCAUGGAAAGCAUAGAUUUGGCGCAAUGUAUAGGAAUUCACCUACAUGGCCUUGUCACCAUCAACGGGGAUCCUAAUGCAACAGGCCACUGCUUGACUGGGUCUUUGCAUCCGGCUUUAUGGAGGGAGUUGGAGUGGAUUCGUGAUACCUUCCUGUAUAGAUCGGGCAACGCCUUUAAAUCCAAGAUUUGAUCCGUGUGGCUCUUUUGUCUUAGCGCGAAACUUCUAUUAUAAUUAUCUGCCUGCAGCUAGUCCUAUAUACCUUAUCCGCACCUUUGCUGUCGGCAGUCUCGCGGCUCAUAUGUCCGAUAUGUAUUUAACUUGAUAAUCGCUGGCACAGGAUGGCCGAGGAUCUGCUAUCUGGCGAGCAUAACGGCGACAAAUUCCACUGUGCUUGUUCUAGAAGAUGCGACGGGUGCCGAAUUCAGCUUGCUGGGCCUUCGUGGUCCCUCAGCUUUAU